CUUUUCCGGUCUGUCAUGGAUGCAGUGCGGCAUGUCGCUCACUGCAUGCGCAACGUUUGGUACUUCCUUCUCCACAUGGGCGACAUUUGCAACGAAGAAAUGGGCAGGCCGUAUCAGAAAUGCGCCCGCAUCUUCGACAGUGCCAAGGACAAGUGUGAACGGGCCAUCCCUUUCCUUUCCUUUCUCUGCCACGUUGUCCUCCUCUUCAAGUACCUCUGCGGAUUGGCAAACAUCCUUCUGGUUUUCUGCAUCAUUCCUGAAUACAUCGUGCCGUUCCUGCGUCGCAGAGUUGCAGAACCCGUCGUGGCCAUGCUCAAUCGCGUGCGGGCCGAGUUCGAAUUCAACAUCACCACCAUCCACCAGUACGAGGUGAGCGUCAACGCCAGCAAGAAGCUGUCGGAGGUGGCCUUUGACAUCAUGGAGGAAGUGUCCCAGCGUCUACAACCGGCACGGGAAGCGGUGGGACUCUUCGGCUACAUGUCUACUCUGGUCAUGCUCUACAUGUACCUGGGGGCUCUCCUGUACCGAAAACAUUACCUGCACGAGGACAGUUUCGACAACAUCUACAUCACCAAAUCCUUUCUCGAAAUGGACGCUGUGCGGAGGAAAAACAAGCGCCCAUCUGUGCUGCCCUUAUCGCCGAAGGAAAGCACCAAAUACAUCCGGCCAACUUCCCUGGUGUUGCCGCGCAAGGAGCAGAUCGCCUACGCUCUGGCCCUGGCGCGCAUCUGCCGCCAGUUUAUCCUGGUGAUUCUCCUCAUCGUGGCAGACUUCUCGGUCUACUGGCUGUUCGACUUGGUGCGCUACCAUCUGGUGGGGGAGAUCGUGGCCAGAG